AUGUUGGGUUUCCACAGAAGGACACGGUCGUUGAUUCCAGUCAAGGACCUCGGGAAAUACGAUCUGGUAUCGUUGGAAGAGGAGGAUGAGGAGCAGUAUGAAGGAGGCGAAUUAAUCGAAGUUUGCGGCGCGUCAGAUGCGACGAACAAGUCGCGGUCGAGGCAGUUGAUGCUGGUGUACCUUGUCUUCUUCGCAGAAGCCGUCAUGGCCUCCAGUCUUCAGCCUCAACUCCAGAUGUUGCUUUCCUCGUCCGACUACUGCGGCAACCUCUCCUCGUCGUAUCUGCGAAGCAUCCUCGACUGCGCAUAUGCAUUCGGCGGCACAACGGGCCUUUUCUGGGGUUACAUGGCGGAUCGCGUGGGAAGGCGACGCGUGACGCUCCUUGGACUAUGGAGCAUGCUGAUAUGCUGCCUGUGCACUGGCUUCGCUACGAGUUUGGGAGCUUGCGCUAUCUUCAGGUUCUUCGCUGGAAUGGUCAGCUCCACGAUUGUGUGCACGACCUUGACCAUGAUUGGAGACUUGAGCAUCACGGCUGAGCAGCGCGCCAAGAAUGUCGCGAGACUACCGUUGAUCUCGCUGUGUGGAUCGGUGGGACCGCUGUUUCAGCGUAUGGUCUCGGAGAGUCUGCAGGCGUAUGGCAUGGUUUGGCAGACGUUCCCUAUCUUGGGAUCAGAGCUGGCUUGUGCAAGUGUGCUUUUUGCUAUCGCACUCACUGCCUCGAUCAUGCUGAAGGAGACCUUGCCCCUUCCCUCUCUAUCUCUUCACUCCAACAGCUCAUCAGAGUCCAUCGACAUUGACUGCGAGAAGGCUGCUUUCCUUACCCGCAGCUCAGAGGACACAAACAUCACCCUUGUCGACUUCGUCCGCCCCGAUCCUAUCACAAUCACUCAGUUCCUCCAGGCUCCCUCGCUGCUUGUCCUUCUCUCUUCCUUCUCCUUACUCUCCCUCCACGCCUCAACUUUCGAUGUCUUGCUUCCCCAUCUUGGCCAAAGCAGCACCAAGCAAGGUGGGAUGGGCAUCUCAUGCGAUUGGCUUAGCAUUGUCAUUCUCAUCGUCCGCGGCAUCGCUGCUGUAGUAAUCUUCUACGUAAUUCCUCGCGCCAUGGACAAGUACGGUCUCCUCAAGCUCUACCGCUCUGUCUCGCUUCUUUUCCCGACUAUCUACAUCGCCACCCCUCUCUUGGCUCUUCUUGCAGCCUGCACUGGCUUUGUCCCUGUCCUCUCCGUCUUCUCCAUUCUCGUCAAACACCUCCUCACCGGCGGUGCAUCCGUUCUCGUCGCACUCCUCGUCCUCAACACCACACCUGAUGCUUUCUCCGCUGGUACCGUUGUCGGCAUGAUGCAGGUCGCGAACCUGUUCAAAGCUUUUGCCGUUGCUGUCAGCGGGGCGAGCUAUUACUUCAGCGGUGACUUGAGCGUACAGACAACAAACUUGGCGCUCUGGACGUGCCUUGCGCUGUUCGGCGCUGUUGGCGCAGGACUGGCGUGGUUCGUCAAUGAGCGCCCGAGUGUGGCAAAGGACUUUCCCAACGAGGUUCUAUGCUGGGAGACGUGCUUCGACGCAGAUGCUGAGAAGAUGGGUAUGGAUGACAUUUGA